AUAAUAAAUAUGGGUAGCUACAAAUAACUCAUCAUUAGUUCGUGAAGAGUGGAAGAUUUGAGAUGGCACGUUACACAUUGUUGUGUUUAUUUCCUUUGAUAUUUUAUUUUCAAAUUACAUUUGGACAACGGGCUGGAGAAAGUGCUGCUUGUCGGGCAGAACACGGUGCUUGUACCAAACAUGUAUAUGAAAACAUACGACUGACUGCUCUUCGAAGCUCCGAUUGUCAAAAAUUUUGCCAGUGCGUACAUGCAUCUACAGAAUUAGACGGAAGUGUCACUUACAUGUGGGUAGAACAGCAGUGUCCCCCGACAACACUUUUUGAUGAUAGUCUUCCAGCGCCAGUGUGUAAUCACGCAGCGAAUGUUCAAUGCCACGGAACUUACGACGAGGAUUGUAGGGGCGAACAUGGGGCAUGCACUCAGUUUAUUUAUGAAAAUGUCCGCUUAGUUGCUCAGAAGAGCUCCGGCUGUAAGAAAUUCUGUCAGUGUGCACAUGCGUCGACACAGUUAGAUGGAUCUGUGACGUAUCAUUGGGUGGAGCAUACAUGCCCUGCAGGAACUUUAUUCGACAGCAAAAUUCGGGUCUGCAACCAUGCAGAUAACGUUCAAUGUUCCGGAUCAGGAUCAGGUAAUUCCGGCUCGAACGGUUCGCCUACGACACAGCCGUCCGGAGGAGGACAAGUCCCAAUUGUUUCAGGAGACAAUGACUGCUUUCAAGAAUAUGGUACUUGUACGAAGCACCAAUAUGAAAAUGUAAGACUGGUUGCUCUGAAAAGUUCCGGAUGUAAGAAUUUCUGCCAGUGUGCUUACGCAUCUACGGAGAGUGACGGCUCCGUGACGUACAAAUGGGUGAAGAAGACAUGUCCAGCUAAUACCUUGUUUGAUGAAAGUCUUCCAACGCCAGUCUGUAACCAUGACUACGAUGUUCAAUGCCAGAAGGAGGAGAGUGAAGAUUGUGAAUCGGAAUACGGUACUUGCACAAAGUAUACAUACGAAAAUGUACGACUUGUUCCAAAGCGAAGCUCCGGAUGUGAAAAGUUUUGUCAGUGUGCGCAUGCGUCAACCGAAAUUGAUGGUUCAGUCACAUAUAAAUGGGUUGAACAUGAUUGUCCUGCAGGUCUUCUUUUUGACGAAAACAUAAAAGUCUGCAAUUAUCCCGGAAAUGUCGAAUGUGCCGCUGCUGGUAAUACGGAAGAGGAGAAAGAGCUUGAACAAGUUGAGGAAGCGAACACAUCACCUGGAGGUGACGAUGCUGAUUGCUAUGAAGAAUACGGAAGAUGCAAUAAAUACAAAUACGAGAAUGUAAGGCUUGUUGCCCUUAAAAGUUCCGGAUGCAAAAACUUCUGUCAGUGUGCGCAUGCGUCAACUCAGAUUGAUGGGUCAGUGACGUAUAAGUGGGUGAAACAGACAUGCCCGGCUAGAACAUUGUUUGAUAUGGAUCUGCCAACACCAGUCUGUAACCAUGACUACAUGGUGACGUGUCCCAGCGUUGGUGACAGCAAAGAUGGUUGCCUCAAUGAACUCGGAACUUGCACAAAAAGUGAAUAUGAAGUGAAGAGACUGGCAGCGCUUCGUAGUUCCGGAUGCAAGAAAUUUUGUCAAUGUGCGCAUGCGUCAACGGAACCGAAUGGAUCAGUAACAUAUUAUUGGGCAGAACAUACUUGUCCGAAGAAUACGCUUUUUGACGAAAGUCUCCCGACACCAGUCUGUAACUGGGCAGAUAAUGUUCAAUGCUAAAAUAUAACAAGCUUAAAAUUGGAUAUGAACUCGUAAAAUGACACGCUGAAACUCUUGAUCAUUUCUUUUUUUUUACAUGAUUAACUGAAUAAAUGUUCAUUGUUGUUCCUUAUAAUAUUAUAAAUGAAUUAAGAGGUGAAACUUGCACUAAAAUUAAGCACUAUCAAAUAUCGAUUAUUUACUUAUAUUGUUCAAACACUAGAAAGGAAUAGCUACCGAAUUGUAUUUAAUUUAAAAUUCCAUAAAUUGUGUGUGCUGUUAAUUAAUGCAUACUAAAUAUUCAAUAAAUUCAACUUUACUUUGCUUGUUUUGUUUAUAUCUUACAUUGUGCUAUGUUGUUUCUUCAGAUGUUUAGUUUUUGAUUUUGUAUUUAAGUUAGCUUUACUUUUAAACAAUCAUAUAUAAUUGUAUUAAUUUUUCAA